AUGAAGUUCUCUGCUGUUGUCCUCGCGGCUGUUGCCCCCCUUGUGUCCGCCCACUACUUCUUCGACACCCUUAUCGUCGACGGCAAAGCCACCAAGUCCUUCGAGUACAUCCGCUCCAACACCCGCCAAGCCAAGUACAACCCGACCAAGUGGGAGAACGUCCGCGAUGGCAUGACUCCCGACCUUCCCGACUUCCGCUGCAACAAGGGCGCCUUCACCUUCGCCGCCAAGACCGGCACGCUCGAAGUCAAGGCCGGCUCCAAGGUCGCCUUCAAGCUCGGCGUCGGCGCCACCAUGCAGCACCCCGGCCCGGCCAUCGUCUACAUGUCCAAGGCCCCUAGCACCGCCAAGGCCUACGAGGGAGACGGCGAUUGGUUCAAGGUCUACGAGGAGAGCGUCUGCAACAAGGGCGGCGACUUCAAGGGGAACGCCUGGUGCACCUGGGACAAGAACACGGUCGAGUUCACCGUCCCCAAAGACACUCCCAACGGAGAGUACCUCAUCCGCGUUGAGCAUAUCGGUGUCCACGGAGCCCACGCUGGCCAGGCCGAGUUCUACAACUCCUGCGCUCAAGUCAAGAUCACCGGCGGCGGUAACGGCACUCCCGGCCCCAUGAUCAAGUUCCCCGGCGGCUACAAGAAGUCCGACCCCUCGUUCAACUUCAGCAUCUACAACGGAUACAAGGCCUACCCCAUGCCCGGCCCUGCCGUCUGGACCGGCGGAAGCAGCAGCAGCAGCAGCGUCAACGAGACCGAGGCCGAGUCUACGACCACCCCCGUGUCCGGCAACAACAACAACAACAACAACAACAACGCCGAGGAGGAGGACUGCAAGAACAAGAAGUCCGUCCGCCGCAGCCGCAUCUUCCGCGAGCAGUAA